AUGAAGGUGGUAUACGAGAGUCCCCCCGAGUCAAUGAGGGAACAUGUGGUUGCUGCCUCCAAGGCCAUGAAGAUGGGGGACUGGAAGACCUGCCACAGCUUUAUCAUCAAUGAGAAGAUGAAUGGCAAAGUGUGGGACCUUUUCCCGGAGGCUGACAAAGUUCGCACCAUGCUGGUUAGGAAGAUCCAAGAAGAGUCACUUCGGACCUACCUCUUUACCUACAGCAGUGUCUAUGACUCUAUCAGCAUGGAGACGCUGUCUGACAUGUUUGAGCUGGACCUACCCACUGUGCACUCCAUCAUCAGCAAGAUGAUCAUUAAUGAGGAACUGAUGGCCUCCCUGGACCAGCCGACACAGACUGUGGUGAUGCACCGCACUGAGCCCACUGCCCAGCAGAACCUGGCAUUGCAGCUAGCUGAGAAGCUAGGCAGCUUGGUUGAGAAUAAUGAGCGAGUGUUUGACCACAAGCAGGGUACCUAUGGUGGCUACUUCCGAGAUCAGAAGGAUGGUUACCGCAAAAACGAGGGCUACAUGCGCCGCGGUGGCUACCGCCAGCAGCAGUCUCAGACAGCCUACUAG